UGAAAAAUACUACAAAUGUGGCAAUGCAUAAAGCGUUCUGAAGAAUGGAUAAACGAGCAUGGUGAUGAAAUAAAUCCUCCACAUAGAGAUAUUAUUUAUCAUCUACGAGAUUGAGUUCAUAAAAAUAGAACUGUGGCAGAUUUACCAUGAUCGAGUAGGCCACGUAGUGUUAGAACCUGAAAAAUGGCAGAUUCUGCGGCUACCGUUCAUCAACAAAGUCCACAACAGAGCAUUGAUCGACUAAGUGCCGAACUUGAUAUUUCAAGAUCAUCUCUUCAGAGAAUUUUGCAAGAAAAUGGCUAUAAAGCAUACCACCCUAAGUUAAUUCAUGGUCUUGUGGAGGACACAGAUAGACAACUACAAAGGUGUCAACGGUUCAUUAGCCAAUUUGAUAAUGAUUCUCAGCUAUCCAAUAAGAUAAUGUGGUCUGACGAAGCAUCAUUCAAAUUAAACAGUAUGAUUAACCACCACAAUUGUGUGAUUUACACGACUGAAAACCCAAAUUUGACUUAUGAACAACGACUGAAUCAGCCUGGUUUCACUGUUUGGGGAAGUUCUCAGUCCUGAUGGGUUAUUAGGCUCUUAUUUCUUUAUGAAACUGCCACUUGCAAUAACUAUUUAGAAAUACUGAAUGAGUAUGUCUUUCCGCAGCUGCGAGACAAGCCGGAUUUUAAUACUUUGCUGUCCAUGCAAGAUGGUGCGCCUCCCCAUUACGCCAAAAAGGGUAUGUGACCUGUUAGACAAUUUGCCAGCAGGUUGGACUGGACGUAGAGGAUCUAUUGAGAGGGCUCCAUGUUCAUGUGAUCUCACACCAACAGACUUUAGGAUCUGGA